AUGGGUGAGAUAUUGGUCUGUUCUGUGUUUCUCUGUCUGUUGAGCUAUGGUGACAGUGGAGGGCUCCACCUUAAAGGAGAUUAUAUCAUCUCUGGCUGGUUCCCUCUCCAUAAUUCAGAUUCCACCAUCCCAUCGACACCUUACCUGACCGACUGCACACAAGGCUUGACCAAUAAGCAUGGCUAUCAUCUGGUGCAGGCCUUCAGAUAUGCCGUGGACGAAAUUAACAACGGCACCCAGAAUGAACAGCUACUUCCAGGGGUCACGCUGGGCUACCAGACCUAUGAUUUAUGCUCCCUCCCGGCCAGCAAUCUGGCCACCUUGGAUCUGCUGGCCCAACAGGACGACAGUUCAGUAGUGGACAGCCGCACUGUGGCCAUCAUCGGUCCUGACAGCAGUUCCUACUCUUUCACACCAGCCAGUGCUCUCGGUGCAUUCCUGGUCCCUCAGAUCUCCUACGAGGCAACAAACGAAUUGCUGAGCAACAAGAUCCUCUAUCCAGCUUUCUUCCGCACCAUCCCCAGUGACAAAAACCAAGUCAGCGCAAUGAUCCAGAUUCUUGUCCGAUUUAACUGGACCUGGAUCGCCCUUCUCGGUAGUGACAAUUCCUACGGUAUACAAGGAAUGCAAGGCCUAUCCCAGCAAGCUUCCCUUUACAAUUUAUGUAUCGCAUAUCAAGCCGUGAUACCCGCCGUAACUGACAAGACGAAGCAGUACAUGCAAGACAUGGUCAAAAAAAUCCUCAAAACCAAAGUCAACACUAUAGUUGUCUUUGCUAAUAAGAGGCGGGCCGCUGGCUUCUUUCCUUUUGUAAUCGACCAAAACGUGACAGGAAAAGUGUGGAUUGGGACAGAGGAUUGGUCGGUGGCGUCAACAGUGAGUAGUAUCCCAGGGAUCAGUACAAUAGGGACUGUCCUUGGUGUCGCCGUCCAAAAUACUGAAUUCAGUGGUUUUGGCGAUUUUGAAAGGCUUUCUGUGCCCAGGCUGAAAGACACUGGUCUAAACAAUCCAUUCAACCACAGUGUCCCAUGUAUGCAAAAUACAAACCUUUAUGAAAUAGCGAUUCAAGGCUUUUCUCUGUCACAGUAUGAUGUUGUUUCCUCCUUUAAUGUGUAUAAGGCCGUGUAUGCUGUGGCUCAUGCACUGCACAACAUCCUGCAUUGUGACUCAGGACUGUGUCAGAAAUAUAAGGUGCAGCCAUGGGAGGUAUUUCAUCAGCUGAAAAGAGUUCAGUUUUCAAUUCGAAAUACAUCAUUUUAUUUCGAUAAGAACGGAGACCCUCCUACAGGUUAUGAUAUAGUGACGUGGGUAUGGACAGACGGCCAGUGGUCAUUCAAGGUGGUGGGAAAAUACAGUCCAGCUCCAACUGAACUUCAUUUAGACGCCUCUCAGAUUAAAUGGACAGGUCAAGAGUCUCCUGUAACCAAGGUUCCUGAGUCACUGUGUUCUCCAGAGUGUCCUUUUGGACACAGAAAGCUCAUGACCGGACAGCAUAAGUGUUGCUUUGACUGCAUGGCAUGUCCUGCUGCCACUUUCCUCAACAAAACAGGUUACACUUUCUGCCAAGCGUGUGCCAGAGACUACUGGUCUGAAGAAGAGAGUGAGACAUGUAAGAAGAGAGCCGAGCUGUACCUGCCGUGGGGCGCUCCGCUCACUACAGCCCUGCUCAUAUACCUGGGUGUGACCCUGUUUCUCACCCUUGGCACGGCUGUCAUCUUCCUGUUCAACCUCAGUACCCCUGUUGUGAAGUCGGCCGGAGGGAAGACCUGUCUGCUGAUGCUGGCGUCUCUGACUGUGGCCUCCUGCAGCACCCUGUGCCACUUCAGCAGACCCUCGCACAUCGGCUGCCUCCUCAAACAGCCCCUCUUCAUCAUCAGCUUCACUGUGUGCCUGGCGUGUGUGACUGUGCGCUCUUUUCAGGUGGUUUGUAUAUUUAAAUGGUCCUCCAAGCUGCCAAGAUCCUAUGAGACCUGGGCUAAGAAUCGAGGCCCUGAGAUGUUCAUCUUCUUCACGACAGUGGUGGAGGUCUUCAUCUCUCUUCUGCGCAUGCUCCUCGACCCUCCCUUUCCAUCUCAGGACUAUGACUUCUACCAUAACAGCAUUAUUCUGGAGUGCAGUAAGACUAUGUCUCUCGGGGCUUUCGCCGAGCUCUUUUUUGAUAAUCCAGUAGAGCCUACUAACAAUACAGAGCAACAUAAUCCCAGUUUCAGUCUUUUAGAAGCAGCCGAUACUCUAAUUGUCUAUGGACUGUGACUGCUUGGCAUAUGCGUAGCCAGUGGGCAGAAUGACAGGGAAAGCCUAAUUGUGUUGGCUACCGAAAGGGCAGAGUAACCAGUUCAGCUGUCCUGUGUGAACAUCUCAUGUGCUCCAGUCUCAUGGGUGCCCAGUUUCACUCUGAACAAUUUGGAGAACAGAUUAAAUUGAGCGGCUGGUCAUGAUCUUGGUCUUGCAGAUAAAAGGACAGAUGGCUUCACUUUUCCUGUUUGUCUUUAGUGAGUCUUUAAAGGAAUAGUUGUUGA